UGAGGCUUGUUUGGACGUUCUUUCUGGAGGAAACCCCUCUGUCUAAAGAUCUUUCUCAUUCGGUGCAAGGGAAAAAUUCGAGGUUCUCUGCAGAUCUUGGGGGGCGUUUGAUCGUUUUUGGCGGUUGAUUCAGCCGUUCAUUAUUUCCAGAUCCGGAGUUUCCAUCUCCUGGCUUUGAUCUUCGCCAGUUAUGGCGGCCACCAGCGCUCCGAUCACAAUGAAGGAAGCCCUCACGCUGACAAGCAUAGGGAUCAAUCAGCAGUUUAUUACUUUCACAAAUGUGACUAUGGAAUCUGAAAAUUAUAUAUGCGUUCGGGAGACUGCACCUCAGAACAGUGUGGUAAUUAUAGAUAUGAACAUGCCAACGCAGCCACUGAGGCGGCCAAUUACUGCUGACUCUGCAUUGAUGAAUCCGAAUUCCAGAAUUUUAGCCCUAAAAGCUCACCUUCCUGGGACUACACAAGAUCACUUGCAAAUAUUUAACAUUGAGGCAAAAGCAAAACUGAAGUCUCAUCAGAUGCCUGAGCAGGUUGUAUUUUGGAAGUGGAUCACUCCUAAGAUGAUGGGUUUAGUUACACAAUCCUCAGUAUAUCAUUGGUCGAUAGAAGGUGAUUCUGAACCUGUUAAGAUGUUUAAUAGAACUGCCAAUCUCGCCAACAACCAAAUAAUCAAUUAUAAAUGUGAUCCUUCAGAAAAGUGGUUGGUUUUGAUUGGGAUUGCUCCUGGUUCCCCUGAGCGUCCACAACUGGUCAAAGGAAAUAUGCAGUUGUUCUCGGUUGACCAACAGCGUAGUCAAGCUCUUGAAGCACAUGCUGCAUCAUUUGCCACUUUAAGAGUACCAGGGAAUGAUAAGGAUUCCAUUCUUAUUUCCUUUGCUUCAAAAACCUGUAAUGCCGGUCAGAUUACAUCCAAAUUGCAUGUCAUUGAGCUUGGUGCUCAGCCAGGGAAACCAUCUUUUACGAAAAAGCAAGCAGAUCUGUUCUUCCCACCUGAUUUUGCUGAUGACUUUCCUGUGGCCAUGCAGAUAUCACAUAAAUAUGGUCUUAUAUAUGUGAUAACAAAGCUUGGCCUCCUGUUUGUAUAUGAUUUAGAGACGGCCACAGCUGUAUAUAGAAAUAGAAUUAGUUCAGAUCCGAUAUUUCUGACAUCAGAAGCUUCAUCUGUUGGAGGUUUCUAUGCAAUCAAUCGAAAAGGCCAGGUGUUACUUGCUACAGUGAAUGAAGCAACUAUUAUCCCUUUUGUCAGUGGCCAAUUAAAUAAUCUUGAACUUGCUGUCAAUCUUGCCAAAAGAGGGAAUCUACCUGGUGCAGAGAACUUGGUUGUUCAGCGUUUCCAAGAACUGUUUGCUCAGACAAAGUAUAAAGAGGCUGCUGAGCUUGCUGCAGAGUCUCCGCAAGGCAUCCUUCGGACACCUGAAACUGUUGCCAAAUUUCAGAGUGUUCCUGUACAAGCUGGGCAAACUCCACCAUUACUGCAAUAUUUUGGAACUUUAUUAACCAAAGGAAAGCUCAAUGCAUUCGAGUCUUUGGAGUUAUCUCGUCUGGUUGUUAACCAGAACAAGAAGAAUCUAUUGGAGAAUUGGUUGGCUGAGGAUAAACUCGAAUGCAGUGAGGAUCUUGGAGACCUUGUUAAGACUGUUGACAAUGAUCUUGCACUGAAAAUAUAUAUCAAAGCCAGAGCUACACCAAAAGUUGUGGCAGCUUUUGCGGAGCGCCGGGAGUUUGACAAAAUUUUGAUAUACUCAAAGCAGGUUGGCUACACACCAGACUAUUUGUUCCUUCUGCAAACCAUAUUGCGUACUGAUUCUCAGGGAGCUGUUAAUUUUGCUUUGAUGAUGUCUCAAAUGGAGGGUGGCUGUCCAGUUGAUUACAAUACUAUCACUGAUCUCUUUCUACAGCGGAACAUGAUUCGUGAAGCAACAGCAUUUCUGCUGGAUGUUCUGAAGCCAAAUUUGCCAGAGCAUUCAUAUCUUCAGACUAAGGUCCUCGAGAUAAAUCUUGUCACAUUUCCAAAUGUUGCUGAUGCGAUUUUGGCCAAUGGAAUGUUUACUCACUAUGACAGGCCUGUUAUAGGACAGCUUUGUGAGAAAGCUGGUCUAUACAUCAGGGCACUUCAGCAUUACUCAGAAUUGCCUGACAUCAAACGUGUCAUUGUGAAUACUCAUGCAAUUGAGCCACAGAAUCUUGUGGAGUUCUUUGGGACACUUUCCAAGGAAUGGGCACUGGAGUGUAUGAAGGAUCUUUUAUUGGUCAACUUAAGAGGAAAUCUUCAGAUAAUUGUUCAGGUUGCCAAAGAAUACUGUGAACAAUUGGGAGUUGAAGAAUGCAUUAAGCUCUUUGAGAAGUUUAAAUCAUACGAAGGGUUGUACUUCUUCUUGGGUUCAUAUCUUAGCUCCAGUGAGGAUCCUGAGAUCCACUUCAAGUACAUUGAAGCAGCUGCCAAGACUGGGCAAAUUAAAGAGGUGGAGCGUGUAACAAGAGAAUCCGAUUUCUAUGAUCCUGAAAAGACUAAGAAUUUUCUGAUGGAAGCAAAGCUUCCUGAUGCACGGCCAUUGAUUAAUGUUUGUGACCGCUUUGGUUUUGUGCCUGACCUCACACAUUAUCUGUACUCAAACAACAUGCUUCGCUAUAUUGAGGGUUACGUGCAGAAGGUCAAUCCAGGGAAUGCUCCGUUAGUUGUUGGGCAGCUCUUAGAUGAUGAGUGCCCUGAAGAUUUUAUUAAAGGUCUUAUACUUUCUGUCCGUUCUCUGCUUCCAGUUGAACCUCUGGUGGAGCAAUGUGAGAAAAGGAAUCGUCUUCGUCUGCUUACUCAGUUCUUGGAGCAUCUUGUCAGUGAAGGAAGCCAAGAUGUGCAUGUCCACAAUGCUUUGGGUAAAAUCAUAAUCGACAGCAACAAUAAUCCAGAACACUUCCUCACCACGAACCCAUACUAUGAUUCACGUGUUGUUGGUAAAUAUUGUGAGAAGCGUGAUCCUACCCUCGCUGUCGUUGCAUACCAAAGAGGUCAAUGUGAUGAUGAACUUGUUAAUGUGACAAAUAAGAACUCUUUGUUCAAGCUUCAAGCUAGGUAUGUAGUUGAAAGAAUGGAUGCUGAUCUCUGGGCAAAAGUUCUUGAUCCUGAAAAUGAGUUUAGAAGGUUGCUCAUUGAUCAGGUUGUAUCUACUGCUUUACCUGAAAGCCAAAGCCCAGAGCAAGUUUCCGCGACUGUUAAAGCUUUUAUGACUGCUGAUCUUCCCCAUGAACUAAUUGAAUUACUUGAAAAGAUCGUGCUUCAAAAUUCUGCAUUCAGCGGAAACUUCAACCUGCAGAAUUUACUUAUCUUGACCGCAAUCAAGGCUGAUCCAUCCAGGGUUAUGGACUAUAUUAAUAGACUUGAUAACUUUGAUGGCCCAGCUGUUGGUGAAGUGGCUGUGGAAGCUCAAUUGUAUGAAGAAGCAUUUGCUAUAUUCAAGAAGUUCAAUUUGAAUGUCCGGGCUGUUAAUGUGUUAUUGGAUAACAUUCGUGAUAUCAACCGAGCUGUAGAAUUUGCUUAUCGUGUUGAAGAGGAUGCUGUUUGGAGUGAAGUUGCUAAAGCGCAACUUCGGGAAGGAAUGGUGAGUGAUGCAAUUGAGUCAUUUAUUCGUGCUGAUGAUGCCACUCAAUUCCUGGAAGUAAUUCGAGCUGCAGAAGAAGCGAAUGUGUACCAUGACUUGGUGAAAUAUCUUAUCAUGGUUAGGGAAAAGGCGAGGGAACCUAAAGUGGACAGUGAGCUCAUUUAUGCAUAUGCUAGGAUAGAUGGGCUCGGAGAAAUUGAAGAAUUUAUUCUUAUGCCAAAUGUUGCCAACCUACCUAAUGUUGGUGAUCGCUUGUAUGAUGAAGCUCUAUAUGAGGCUGCGAAGAUUAUAUUCGCUUUUAUAUCUAACUGGGGCAAGUUGGCAAUUACACUAGUGAAGUUAAAUCAAUUCCAAGGUGCUGUGGAUGCAGCACGGAAGGCAAAUAGUGCAAAGACAUGGAAGGAAGUCUGUUUUGCUUGUGUGGAUGCUGAGGAGUUCCGCUUGGCCCAGAUUUGUGGCCUCAAUAUCAUUAUACAGGUGGAUGACCUUGAGGAGGUUAGUGAAUACUAUCAAAACAGAGGAUGCUUUAACGAGCUUAUAUCUCUUAUGGAGAGUGGUCUAGGUUUAGAACGUGCUCACAUGGGUAUCUUCACAGAGCUGGGUGUCCUGUAUGCCAGAUACCGCCAUGACAAGCUCAUGGAGCACAUCAAACUGUUCUCUACUCGUCUCAAUAUUCCCAAGCUGAUCCGAGCAUGUGAUGAACAACAACACUGGAAAGAACUUACCUACUUAUACAUUCAAUAUGAUGAAUUUGAUAAUGCCGCAACAACUGUCAUGAAUCAUUCUCCAGAAGCCUGGGAACACAUGCAAUUCAAAGAUAUCAUUGUCAAAGUUGCCAAUGUGGAGCUGUAUUAUAAGGCUGUGCACUUCUAUUUGCAAGAGCACCCUGAUCUUAUAAAUGAUGUUCUGAAUGUUCUUGCUCUUCGUCUGGAUCACACUCGUGUUGUGGACAUUAUGAGAAAGGCGGGUCACUUGCGCCUUAUUAAACCAUAUAUGGUAGCAGUUCAGAGCAAUAAUGUGUCGGCUGUGAAUGAAGCUCUAAAUGAAACUUAUGUCGAGGAGGAAGAUUAUGACAGACUACGGGAAUCAAUUGAUUUACAUGAUAACUUUGAUCAGAUUGGCCUUGCUCAAAAGAUUGAAAAGCACGAACUGCUUGAGAUGAGGCGUGUUGCAGCGUACAUAUACAAGAAGGCUGGCAAAUGGAAGCAGUCUAUUGCCUUGUCGAAAAAAGAUAGCCUUUAUAAAGAUGCAAUAGAAACAGCUUCGCAAUCUGGUGAUCGUGAACUAGCUGAGGAGUUGCUUGUUUACUUAAUUGAACAGGGAAAGAAGGAGUGCUUUGCCUCAUGCCUCUUUGUUUGUUACGAUUUGAUCCGUCCGGAUUGUGCACUCGAACUUGCCUGGAUAAAUAACAUGAUAGACUUUACUUUUCCAUAUUUGUUACAGUUUAUCCGAGAAUAUAGUGGCAAAGUUGAUGAACUAAUCAAGGAUAAGAUAGAGAAUGCAAGUAAAGAAAAAGCUAAAGACGAGGAGGAGAAGGAUGUUGUGAAGCAACAAAAUAUGUACGCCCAGUUGCUGCCCCUUGCUUUACCCGCUCCAACUAUGCCGGGUAUGGGCGGGGGUUUCAAUUCAGGGCCACCCCCACCACUGCCCAUGGGCAUCCCAGGCAUGCCUCCAAUGUCCCAGUUUGGAAUGCCACCAAUGGGGUCUUACUAACUGCUCAUUUGGCGGGGAAUUUCUCUAAACACCGUGUGAAUGCCUUGCGAGACAACAAUUUGGUAUUUUUCUGGUUCCUUCACAUUUGUCUGUCACACAGCCUUUUGGUUUCUUUUGUUUUGUUUUCUUGGUACAAAUUAGAGAAUAAUAAUAAUAAUAAUAAUAAUAAUAAUGUGGAGUCCCAUAGGAUAGGAAAGGGUUGGGGAUAGAGGGAUAUAUUGGUUGUGGCAUUCUUUGGUGGUGAAUAGUGAAUAAUAUGUUUUGCAGAGCGUUAGGCAACAUUAGCAUUAGCAUUAGCACUAGCACUAGCACUAGCACUAGCACUAGCAUUGCAAGCUGACGUUAUAUUUGAAAGCAAAGAAUAGAAGCAUGAGAUUAUAAUUAGACAACUACUUCUGGUUUUGGUGGCCAUUUCUUGUUUGUUUGAUAUCUUUCUAUGUAAUAUAGUCCAAUUUUGUUUUCAUAUGGAAAUCCAUUAUGCUGUUAUGCAUGCUUUCGGUAUCAAUAUUGUGUUUAAUUCAUCUUUUUUGCUCAAAACAGAUAUAUAUAGAUAAAUGCAUUCAGAAAUAAAUUUGUAUUUGUUAUGUGUAAUUAUGCCCACAAUCACAUUAAGGAUCAAGUGUAUUGUUAUUACUAUUUGGGUCUUGAUUGGAUUUUCAAGGUUAUUUUUUAUUUAAAUAAAUAUUAAAUAU